GAUGAGAUUGAGCGCUUGCAGGAUCAAAUGAGUCAAAUAGAUGAACAUAGCAAGUACAGAUGUGAUCUGGAGUCUUCUACUUUCUCAGACAAGCCAAGUCAUAUUCAAGGCAGCAUGGAACCUUUAAAGUCUGGUGACAUAAUUGAGCCAGUAGAAGAGGCCAAGAAAAUAGGUCAGGAUUCAAUAGGAGCAGAAGCUCUGAAGAUAUCACUGCCUGAAGAGGAUGUGAAGCAAAAGGAGAUGAUGGUGGAGUCAUCUAACAAUGAUCUAGAAUCUAUGAAGUGUCUGACAUUAGAAAUGGAAGGGAAGAUCCAAACUUUACAGUUGAAAAAUGAACAGUUGACUUCUGAAAUUCAUGAUUUCAUGGAAUGUUUAAAGCAAACCCAAGGUGAUUUAGAGGAGGCAAAGAAAUUGAUAGAGCAUUAUGAUGAAAACCUCAACAUGCUGAAAAAAGAAAACUUUCAUUUGUCACAGGAAAAUAUAUCACUGAAAGCAGCUAAUGAUAAUGUCCUGUUAAACAAUGAAAUUUUGCCCAAACAAUUGCCACAGUCUCUAGGAAAGAGCAAAUCUCCUGCUGGCGAAUUGAAUAUAACAGAUAUGGUUCGACAGCUAGAGAAGAAAAAGACUAAUGGAUCAGGGUCAAACACAGACGAUAUGGAGAAGGAUGUUGAGGGAGACAGUGAGGUGGUGUUUAAUUUUAAACUUGAAACUAUGCCAGGUGUUUCAGAAAACAUUCCAACAGUCGAUCUGUCUUUAAAGCUGAAAAAUUCUGAAUUGGCAAAUGCCGCGCUUCACAGCAAGUUGAAGAGAGAGGAGGAGGAUUUCUUCAAGAGAGAGCAGGCGCUUAUUCAUGGUUACACGGCUGAAAUAGAAGGGUUGAAAUAUGAGCUUGCCAAGAUGAAAAGCAAAGUAGAUACACCAGCCAAGACCAGACCUCAGCGCAACAAGAGGAAACUUCCCGGACUGGAUAUGAGUGUUUGUUCUGUGACCUCAGAGUCCCUGUGUGAUGGAGCUGAGGGCAGCGGCGUCUCAAGAACGUUAAGUUUAGAAGAAGUAACUGCAACAGAUAAGCAACCAGUUGAAGUCCUCUCAAAUGAAAUGGCCUCACUUCAAGCUGAGCUUUAUUCACUGCAUGCUGCUUACAGAAAACUGCAG